CUAAGAAGAAAUGAAGAAAGAGUAAGGUUAUGUUGACAAUAACAACUGAGUAAUUGCACAUGUAGUGAAUAAAAUGGUUAAAUUCAUUAAAAAGGGCGACAAAUUCAACAAAAAAUUGCUAAAUAAGUUAAAAAAUAACGACAAAUCGGGAGUGACAAUUCACCACACAACGCAGCAUUUAGCUAUACAUCCGUGUCAGUUAAAAAAUAUAAAACAAUCAGUGAAUGAAUUACUAAAUGCAAAAUUGUCCAAAUUUAGCAACAGCUGCAAUGGAAUUCUAUUAGGGCAUCAAAACGUUAAAUUACUCAAAGAUGGAGGCUCAAUUUUCAACGAUUCUUGUUACAUACACUUCGAUGUAGAAGUGGACUUCUUUGUGUUUAAACCAGAGCUUGGAAAGGUGAUGCAAGGGGUCGUAAAAAGGAAGAGUAAAGACCACUUGGGUGUGUUAGUUUACGAAGCUUUUAAUGUUUCCAUACCAAUCAGGGACGAAAGGGUAGAUAUUAAGAUAGGAGAAGAAGUUACGUUUCAGAUAUUGUUUAUUAAUAUGUCUUCGUAUUUGCCUUAUAUCAGAGGGAAAUUGAUUGAGGAUUCUUCCGAUUCGAAGGAUGUAAUUAAAGUAAUUAAAGAGGAGGUUCAAGAAAGCGAGGGUGUUGCUGAAUGUGGUAAAAUAAAAAAGAAAAAGAAGACAAAAAGUAUAGCUGCGAAAGUGAAAAUAGAAACUUCAAAACAAAAACAUUGCAGCCUCCUAAAAACUAUAUACAUGGUAUUUUUUAUUCAGUGAGUAACAAUGAACAAAUAUGAUGUUAAAACAUUUUAACAUCUAAUCGAACAUAAAAAAAUUCAAUAUUGGAUUGGUAUUUAGUUUUAUAAUUCCAUUAUUUUCUAAGAAAACGUGCUGAUAACAUUCGAUAAGGAAAAAAUGAAUUAAAAUAGAACACUAAUCGAUAAUGUUUUUAGCCUUUUAUAGUUGUUUCUAAUUUUUUUUUAUUAGACUAUCACUAAAUACGAAUUUGCAGUGUGAUGAGUUGUGAUAGAAGAUUAAAUGUAGGCUCAGCGUAUAGAGAAAACUUUAAACUUUAAUCUUUUUAAAAAUUUGCCUAAAGCUUAGAUUUAUUGGAAAAAGGAAAUUCGACAAGUUUUAUCUUGCCUAACAUGAAUUUUUUUAAUGUGAAAUCAUCUUUCAUCACACGGUAAACUCAAAAUCAUUGAUACUUACUCAUGAAAUUACAAUUCUAUUAUUUUGUUUAGUGUUUACAAUUUUCUUAUAUAUUUCUCUAAGUUUUUAUUGUUUUUUUUUGAUUUUACACGUUUUACAAAAUAUAACACGUCUCCUAUUUGAGGCAAAAAUUUAGAAUGUAAGUGUAACUCUGGCGAAAAUACCAAAGUUAUUUAUUUUUCAUAUUUGAAAAAUAGGAUUUUUCUUGCAUUUUUCUGAAAUACAUUUUUCAUCAAAUCUAAGACAUUUCAAAUCUGUCAACAAUGCAAGCAUAAAUCAUUAUGUAAAUAUACAGAAUGUUUGAUUUUAAGAAGGAGAAUGUCUCGUAAUUUUCUGAAAAACUAUUAGACAGGGAAAUUUUGUAUAAGUUGAAUAGUAGGUAAUAGUUACUAAUGAAUUUUCUAAAUAAAUUAGGCCUAUAAUAAAAUUCUCGUUCUCAAAUGUUCAACAAAUAAAUCGAGACAAAAUCCGCUCAAAAAACUCAAAAUUUUUGACAUUUUGAAUUCGAGAGUUUGAUUUCCAGUGAGAUAUAUUUUCAAACAAGCCUGAAGCUUUGUGUGCACAGAUUACAUAUUAUUUCCAGUGCCCAUAUUUAUAUUUUUAUUUAAUGGGAAAAAGAGAUUUAAAUUUUUUUUAUUGCAAGUAAAUUUGCUAAAAUUUAUUGACUGGAAUUUACCCUAUAAGGACUAGUUAAAACAUACGUAAAAUCUAAAAAUUCGAGCAUAAUAUCAACAAAACAUUAUUUUACAAAAUAGUAUUUUUAAUCACAUAUAUUUCAAGCAGUUGUGAGAAAUAAUUAAGAUACCUCUCAAAACAGUAACCUAUCACAAAUCAUAAGUCAUUUUUUUAAAUUUAUAUAACUGAAAAACAGAACAAUAUUCAUCCAUUCCACAAAGGACAUUUUAAAAAUAAUUAUUAAAAACUCUUACAUAUUAAUAAUAAAUAACGUAGCGUAUAACUCGAGUGGAUAAAGUCACUUAAUAUAUCAGGUAUCAAAUGAAAAAAUAGACAUAUCCAGCGACUUUAAAUUAAUUCAAUGCUUGAUAGACACAUAUUAGAUUAAUUAAUAAUAAUAAUAAAAAUCAUGUUGUACUAAUUAGGGUUUAGCUCAAUUCUCUGCAUUGCUUUUUAGACAGUCUUCAGUCGUUUUAACCCUCGAUAUGACUAUGCACACCGGGCCUCUUACUAUACGCAACAAAUCAAUGAUUUCGCUGGUCGACAUGUGCUCUAUACUCUCGUCGUUCACCUGCAAAACCCUCAUUCAAACACACCCUAUAAAGAAAUUUCCCCAAUUUACCUUGAUCAGCCGAUCACCGGGCUUCAAUCUGCCGUCCCUUGAGGCCACGCUAUCCGGGUACACGGCGCUCACGUACGUCACCCCAGCCGCCCCUUGCAAACUGAAACCCAAUCGGCUGUUCCAGCCCCUGUUCAACUCGAUAGCCAGCACCUACAAUCGAUAUUGUCUCUUAUACCCAUUCAAGUCACAGAAUAGGUCAAAUAAUUCGUGAAACAAGUCAGUAAUUAGUGACACAAGUCAGUAUUUAGCGACACAUGUCAAUGAUUAGAGACACAAGUCAGUAAUGAGCAACACAAGUGAAUAAUUAGUGACACAAGUCAGUAAUUAGUUAUGAUAUGAAAUUAACCAAUCUGUUACCUCGUAUUCUUCUUUCAUGGGCAUGGCAUGAGACAGGUGGCGUUUGGUUUCGACCGCCGCUGCUGUGUUGUUCUUCCUUCUCUUCAAGGUACCAUCGGCGGUACCAUCAGCAGGAGGGGCGGUUGAUUUGGCCGGUUGGAUUUGGGUUGGAGGUUGGGCGGGCGCGUGAUCGGUGCCGAUUUGAGGAUGGGCCGAUUGGUAAGCGGGAUGUUUGUGGUUGAAAUGGCCGUUGGUCGUGGAAAUGUGGGGCAUACUGACGGGUUCCUGUAUCUCGGAAUCGGAUGUCU